ACCGGCUCCAGUAUCUAAAAAGUUGAUCCCCUGCCAAGUUGAUCCCCUGCCAAGUUGAUCUGUCCGAUCCCGGACGGCCAGCCAGCCAGCCAGCUUCCCUCCGGGCGGAUCAGGGUUAACCGUCCAAGGAGACGGGCAGGAACCGGCUCGCUACGGGAAGGAGGAAGCGGAGAAGCGCCCGGCUUUGGCUCUGGAUCCGCCUUGCGCGCUUUCUCUCCCAUCGGGGGUCCCAAAGAGAUCUGGUCUCUCUCUCUCUCUCUUCCCCCCCACCCCCCGUUUGAUUCUUAGGAUCCGCUGAGGAUCGCGCCGACUUGCAAGGCGCUCAAAAAAGGCUUUUUGCAAACCCGCCUUUUGCGCACAAAUCUGCCGCUCGGCGCAGGGGAAAUCCCUCGUCGGCGUUGCCAGGGAUCUGCGCCGAUCCUAUGCCCCCCCCACCCCCGUCCUCCUCUCUCCUCUCUCGUGGGGAUCCCGGGGACAGGCAGGCCGUAUGUGCAGAAAACCCGCCUUGGUGGUCUUCGAUCUGGAUUAUACCUUGUGGCCUUUUUGGGUGGACACUCAUGUGGAUCCCCCCUUCCACAAAAAGAGCGAUGGCUCCGUGCUAGACCGGAAUCAACGGCCAGUUCAACUCUACCCAGAAGUACCAGAAGUGCUGCACCAGUUGGACAGCGAAGGGAUCGCCAUGGCAGCUGCCUCUCGGACAGGCGAGAUCCGAGGAGCCAGACAACUCUUAGAUCUUUUCGGCUUAAAUCGUUAUUUUCGCUACACCGAAAUCUACCCUGGGAGUAAAAUCACCCAUUUCCAAAGGUUGCAUCAACAGAGCGGCAUUCCGUUUCAUCAGAUGCUCUUCUUUGAUGACGAAAGCCGGAAUAUUCGUGACGUCGCCACGCUAGGAGUUGUGUGUGUCCUUGUUCCAAGAGGUAUGAGCCUUUCUCUCCUCAAAGAAGGCUUAGAGAGUUUCGCCCGCAGUUCCGUCUCUCAUCCUGCUGACAACGUUUAAACCUCAAAACUUCCUGGAUCUCCGUCUUCUGUUUCUCUCAUGGCAAACAUCGGUUGGCGAUUAUGGACCUUAUUUAUGUGCGAGGCGGAAAGUAAUGGAGCUUCUUCCUCCAGUUUAGUCCUUAAAAGAAUUUUUUUCCGUCCUGUGGUUACAAUAGACAAGAGGUUCUGCAAACGUCGUGGUCCCUUUAAGACUUGUGGAGUUCAACUCCCAGAAUUCAAUGCUGGCUGGGGAAUUCUGGGAGUUGAAGUCCGCAAGUCUUAAAGGGGCCGCGUUUGCAGAACCCUUGCAUUAGACCAGCGAAGUGUUGGUGUUGGUGACAUUCUUUCAUCCCAAU